AUGAAUAAUCAAAAUGAUGGUGAGGCUCAUGUACAAAUGUUGACAGACGUUUGCCAAAAUGUUUGUACAUUUAUCAAAACAAUAACAAUGAAUAACAUGUCAAAUAUUGAUAAGUUAAAUACCUUUGAAAUAAAAAUUAAUGAUUUGCAAUGUAUUUGUUCUAAAUUAAAAACUAAAUUAGAACAAAUUAAUGAACAAGUUAAAACAUUAGCAAGUUUGUUAAAUUUCGCAACUGACCAAGAUGCGUCUGCUAUCGAUAUAUUGACUCAAUGGAUUUUAUCGCUUUCAAACAAAAAUAUUGAAUAUCCCAAGAAAAGAAAAUUAUAUACAUCAUAUUCACCUCUAAAGUUGUCUCUUAAAGAUAAAACUGAGAUUAAUGAAAGCACUAAAAAUAAACCAAUGUGUACAAAACCUGAAAAAGAAAACAAAAUUAAAUGUCAAAAUGAAUUAAAUAAUAUAUGGAAAUUACAAGUUAAGCGUGAUGGAAAUCCUUCUGAUUUAUUAAAGAAAUCUAAACAAACUACAUUAAUGCUUCAACCACAAAAAGAAAAGAUGAAGAUGGAUAUUACUACUUUCAGCAGUCCUACACCUAAAAUAUCAGUAUUAAAUUCUUCUAGUUUAUUUAGUCCUGAGAUGUUAAAUUUGAAAAAUUAUACGACUAAUGAUAAUACAAUAUGUGAAACAAAUAUAAUUCAUAAUACAGAACUAAAUGAUUCGACUAAUAUUUCUUUAAGUAAUUUUAAUGCAAUUACCAAGCCUAGCAAAAAUACAUUGUCUAUAAUAAAAACAAAUUUUUUAAAAUCAAAAGAAACAAAUACUUCCCAUGGUGAAACUGAAAAACAUGAUCAUUCAAAUGAUGAAACCAAUUGUAGCCCAAUAAAUAUAUCAAUGAGUGUUUUAAAUAAUGCAACAACACUUAAAAAGCAAAUCAAAAUUCCUAAUGGAAAUUUAUUAGAUAGUUUUGAUAUUAUUCCUGGUUUGAAUGAUAAAAAAAAUGACUUACCCAAUUACAAAUUUAAAGAAGAUCCUGUUAGAAAACAUAAUGAACGAAAGUUGUUAAAUGGUUGGGAUUGUAAAGACUGUUGCAAAUUUUAUGAAGAAAAUAAUGAUAAUCCUAUAGAUGCAAAAAAUGCAAUGAAUCACUUUUCAAGACAUCGUUCUCAUAAACAUCAACACCACGCUCCAACACCACCAGGAUUUUGGGAUCCAUUGUAA